CGUCCACGCUCAUUCCACAUUCUGGCUUUUCUUUGAGACUUUAAAGUGUCGCCGUUCCACCGACUGUCCCUUUGGGCCCGCCCAAGGCCCCGGCGAAGCGCCGACGCGCCGUCGAGUUCAGAAGCCGUCCGGUUCUCGACCUCCGCCGUCUCGCUGCCCAGGAACGGCGCUCUGCCCUUUCCUCAACGCACCCGUAGCUGCUCCAUAACGAGCCCUUCCGCCAUGCCUUCCCUCGUCGCGUCCUACGACGAGCUCGCUCCGUCGGCCACCGCUCUCCAGGUCGCCGCCGUCCUCUGCUCCAUCGCCCAAGCCUCGCCAUUCUCUAUCGACACCGACGACCGCACGAGACUAAUCUCCCUCAUACUCGACGACCUUAAUUCCCCAAGAAUAUCCACCGGCGAGAGCAGGCUCUCCCUACGAGAUGCCUCGCUAGCCCUCUCCGCCCUCAAAUCCCUGGGCAAACACCCCGCCGGCGCCGCCGCCCUCGCGACCCCCGAAAACCUGUCCGCCCUGCUCGCCCUCACCCGAACGCUCCAAGGCGACUUUGAAGCGUGCUGCGAAGCACUCCGCUGUAUCGCCAAUACCCUCCUGCUCAUCGAAGGCGCUAGGACGACAUGGAUCGGGCCCCAAGUCCGCGGUGGUGAACCCAGCGUUCAACUCCUCGAGAAAUCCUCCUCCCCAGACUUCCUCUUCCUCGCCUCCCGCAUCCUCUUCCUCUGCACCGCCUCCUCCGCCCACGCCGCCUCUUUCAUCAUCUCCCUCAUCGAGGACAAACCGUCCCCGUCCUCCGGCCGGUCCGCCUCCAUCGUCGACAUUAUCUCCUCCCGUCUCGACCUCCUCACCACCGCCAUCCUCGGCGGCGUCAAGAUGUCCAAAGAGGCGAUGACCGACCUCCUCAAGUUCACCUUCAACCUCCUCGCGCAUUAUCCGAAACUGGUCGACUGUGAUAAGGUCACGGAUCUGGGGGCCGGCGAGGGAAAGGUCAUGGGAGAGUAUUGGAGUGAUAGGUUGGACGGGAUUCUACCACCGCUAAUACGCGCGUUCAACACCCUCCCACCGACCUUCCCCUCCCCGCUCGCACCCCCCCUCACGCACAUCAUCCACUCCCUCAUCACAACCCCCAUAACGCCCCACCUGCACAACCUCUGGUUCCCCCCAGAUCUCCCCACUUCUCCUGCUUCUUCUACCUCUUCUGGUAACAGCCACAGCCACAGCCGCAAAUCCACCUCCACCCCCGCCUCGACUCACCAAUCCCCCACCAUCCCCUCCGACUCCCUCCCCCGGGAUUCCAACUCCAACUCCAACUCCACCUUCAACCCCAACCCCAGCACCAACCCGACCUCCCCGAAACUCGAGCCCGCAAAACCCGGCGCGCUCGACCGUGCUCUAAACCUCCUCAACAACGCCGGCCGCCGCAUGUCUUCCCGUCCCACCUCCCCCAUGCCCGGCCAUGGAACCGCACACUUCGACACCCUCCAACGCGCCUACGAUCUCUUCGAACUCUCACUCGCACAUCAUCUCCCAGGCACGAUAGACCCGGACUCUCCCUCCGUCAUCGCCUCCUUCAAAUCCCUCGCCUCCACGAACCCUACCGCGCCCGACUCGCUCGACGACGCCCUAACACCCCUCACCAUGUUGCUCGUCAAAUGUGCUUUGGCGGAUAUGGGUGCUAGGAGGAGAUUGGCGGGCUGGUUGUUGCCGAGGGGGGUGGAGGAGAGGAGGGGCGAGGCGUUGGAGAGUCGGGGGGAUACGCUGGGACGGUGUUUGAGGUUGAUGGGGAGUGUGAGGUGGCAGAGGAUGAAGGAUGCGGUUGGGGAGAUGUUGUUUGUUGUUUGUGAUUCGGAUCCAUCGCAACUCUCGGCUCAAGUAGGUUACGGCAACGUCGCCGGCUUCCUCUUCAACAAAGGCGUCCUCUCCGCCCCCGCUCCUCUUCCCGGUAGCGGCUCCACCUCCUCGUCCACCCCUGGCGGCGGCGCAUCCAUAACCGAGCUCGCCGACGACGAGCACAUUAACCCGAUCACGGGCAGGGUCGAGAGGGAGGCUGAUAGGCGGAAUACGGCGAUGGAGGAGAUGACGGAGGAGGAGAAAGAGGCCGAGGCGGAGAAGUUGUUUUAUUUGUUUGAUAGGCUGGAGAAGAGCGGGGCGUUGAGUCCGAGCCAGAAUCCGGUGAGGAGGGCGAUGCAGAAUAUGUGAGCUUGGGAGCUGGAGGGCGGUAAGUUAUUUCAGGGGUGGAGAGAACUGAGGUUAAUUUAUGCCGGUGCAUGUUGGAGUGUGUGUGUGUGUAUGUCCAUGUCCACUUGUAACGGAGAUUGCAUGUUGCAUGUGCUUUACCACUUUCCCACCCAAUUCGCCCUAUGUUGUUUGAUUUCUUGGUUGAUUACUUAUAAUUAUGCUGACGACGACGAGAGACGACGAUGACGAGACCCUAUACCGAUUAUCUAUGCUCCGUGGGAGGGCACGCACGCCGGACACGUUGGCCCUCCUUCUCUCUUCCUCCUCUCUUUCUCUUUCUCGCCUCCGUCUCAUUGAUCUUGACUCUUUCUCUCCCAUCCAAUCCAAUCCAAACUCAUUCUCAUUCUCAUCUCAUCAUUUCCAUUCUCAUCAUCUACUUACAUACGAGACCUCGUGACUCUAUACGUUCAUUUUAAUGCCUGCCUUUCUUAACUUCUUCGUUCUGGCUCGGUGUUUGUUUGAUACUUCAGUAUUCAAUAUUCAAUGCACAUAGUAUUCUGUAAUGUAAUCCAUUUCUUUCGAAUUCAAUGCACUGAUCAUUGCCAGAUUGCCGUCUCCCUCGAGUUCUGUCAACGAUUGCUAUACUGGUAGUAGCUCUCAACCACGACAUCGUCCACCAACCUUUCGAAAGCAGACACCAUGCCAUCCGUGAUCCUGCACUUCCUCAGGUGUAUCCUCUUCAAACGGAAACCGGAUCGCGUCUGAAUCUUCCUUUGUUCCAAGACAUACUGGAGGUCCUCCCAGAACCACUGGCCCUCAUCUCAUCUCAUCAUCUACUUACGAGGCUCGUGACUCUU